UAUAUGUUAUAUUAAUAUUAAAUAAUUGAUUCUAAAAUAAUAUAAUAAAAUUAUCACAAAGUUUAAAAAUAAGAUAAUUCUUAUAUAUAUUUUGUUGCUAUCUGAAAACAAUAAUUAAAUAUUAUUCAAGAAAAAAACAUUUAUAUAAAGAUAUUUUCUAAACUAUUUGUAAGAUUAGAGUGUUUUAAAAAAUUUAACACGGGAUGUUUAGAACACAUGAUUAUGUUUAUGAGAGAGUGGCUCGGGAAUGUGCUUCAAAAUGGGUCGAAUGGGCUCCGAAAAUAGUUUUUUUUUAACUCAACUCCAGUCCGGAUGACAUGGCAUCUUGGUUGGUUUACAAUAUUUUGCCCAUGUGGCAGGGCUUAGAAAUGAGAGAUUUAGUCCCUUUUAUAUAGUAGGAUCUCCAUCAAUAUUAAAAUGCCCCCAAGCUUGGUAAUUGAAGACUUUAAACAAGCUUAAUUGGAAAGAAGUCACAUGGUAUCCUUUAUAAAUAUUAUUUUCUAUUUUUUUAUCUUCCUUUGGUACGUUUGAAUAAGCAUGGGCAAACUUGAUUGAUGCAAGAGGGCAACCAACAAGUUUGGGGGGGGGGGGGGGGGGGGGGGAAUCACCAUAUUGCUCAAAGGUCAUGUCGAAAUCCCGGUCCAGCAAACCUCAGGCCAAAGGUCUUUUACUACCCAAGUAAACCCGCCUCUAAAUAAGUAUUACUCCAACUUUGUGAAUACUUAGUUGUCAUUACAUUUUUUUAUUAUUUCUUUGAAUCUCUCUUUUAUGUUUACUCUCACAGAGAUGACUGUGUGAAGUAAGUUUGGGGGGAAGUAAGUUUGGGGGGGGGGGGGGGGGGAGGGGGGGGGGGGGGGAAUCACCAUAUUGCUCAAAGGUCAUGUCGAAAUCCCGGUCCAGCAAACCUCAGGCCAAAGGUCUUCUACUACCCAAGUAAACCCGCCUCUAAAUAAGUAUUACUCCAACUUUGUGAAUACUUAGUUGUCAUUACAUUUUUUUUUAUUAUUUCUUUGAAUCUCUCUUUUAUGUUUACUCUCACAGAGAUGACUGUGUGAAGUAAGUUUGGAGAAUAAUCUAUCAUCUCACCAUAUGCUUUGUUUUGUCUACUUGUGAUGAGUCUUAUGCAUUGUAUUGUAGAUGGUUAUUGCAUAGAAACCCAAUGUGAAUUUGGCCUAAUUGAGUAGACUUUAGCCUUUGAUACACCGAAAAAUGGAAAACCAUGCAUGGAUUUCUCGGCUUACUUGUUCACGUCUUAAUCGAAGUUGCUUUAUUUAAUGCUAUUCAUGUGAAUUUGAACUUAAUUUUGACUUGUAAAUAGUCCAAGCAUCCUUCCACUCUUAGCCCUUUCUUCCUUUCAAGUUAACAUUCAUUAGUUAGUGAGGUCUUUUACGAAAGCUUGAGAUAUGCAUAAUGUUGAGAGUAUUGGAAACAACCGGAAGAAACCCUUAUAGCGAGGAAAAAAAAAGAAAAAAAGUAUGGGGAAGAAGAAAGAAUGAGAGCUAAAGAAAAGAGAAAAGUGAAAAAGUACAUAGUACACAAAGAAAAGAAACAAAGGGUUCAUGUGGUGAGAGUGUUCUUGGGUGAUCUUUGUGUCUUUUGGUGAGUGAAAAGAGAGAUUGACAAUGAGAAUGAAGGGUAGAAUAAUGGAUACUGAGCAUUGUAUGCAUCAGUUGUUCUCUUUCUUAGAUAUAUUAUGCGUAAUGCCAACUUACUUGUUCUUGAGAGUAAAUUACAAAGGAACUUAAUAACCCUCUUGAUUCACCAAUAUUAAAUCCUUCCUCUUCAUUGCUAAAUAGUUUGUGAUUGCUUGUCCAUUUGUGAGAAUGCACCUUGAGCUUAAUGAAUGUUAAAUGGCUUGUGGAUAUGAUUGCAUAUGGAAGUCAAGGCAUGCGCUAGAUAGCAAAACAUUUGACUUGCGAUAAGUAUGGUGAAGCACGAAAGAGUAAGAAUGGAGUUGCUUUGGAAAAAUUUUAGGUUCAACUUUGUGUGUUUCUUUUGGCUAUGAGUUUGCACCUUCAAACUUCUUUUCUAAAAGUUUCUUGCUUGUUUACUUGUGGACAAGUAAAUGAUAAGUUUGGGGGAGUUGAUGUAUUGCUAUUUUAAUUAUUUUUAGCCCCUUUUUUAACUCAUUAUAAUUCAUUUAGAUUGCACUUAGUAGUAUAUAUUGCAUUUUCCUGUUCAUUUGCAUAUUAUAGAUAUUGGAGUGGUUACUUUAGGAUUUUGGAGUAAUUGGAGCGGAUUAACCCACAAGGGUUUGAAAUAUCUACUUGGAUGAAGGUUUUAAAGAUAUCUACUGAAUCUCAUUAUUUACCACAACAUAGGAAAUUGAGUUAUAUUUCCAAUAGAAGUGGUCUCAGAUCGAUCGGAGCUAUAUUCUAAGAGUUAUGGCUAAUUUACUGGAGACAUAUCAGUACCCGAGAACCUAGCGGCCAAGCCCAACCGCUGGCCGACGACCAAAUCUCCUCCCACGACCCACGGUCAGACCCAGCGUCUGCGCUCGACCGCUGGACGUGCAGUCAACCAUCAGCCCGACGAUCGGGUGUCCAACGGACGAUACCAGCGGCCAGCCUUUGCUGCUGAUCGACCCGCAGACAGAAAAAAAUUCAGGUUGGCCCGGGUUUUUCGGGUCGAGCCGGUUCGAUUUACGUAGCCUAUUUAUACUAUUUUAGACCUAUUUUUAUAUCUAACUCUUUUUCUCUCAGGAACUCUUGAUACAUUUUUAAAAUUUUGGAUCUUUUGAUUUUUUAAGCAAUUUUUUUAAUCAUUUCUUAUGUUUGUAGUUAUUAUCUACUUUUCUACCAUGUUUAUCUCUUAACUUUUCAUGUGUUUAGUGGGUUUCAUAGUGAUUAGUUAGUACACACUUGUUAGACUCAUGGGAUAUGUACGUAGAUUAGGUUGAUUUGGGGAUGAUUUAGGAUGUUUAGUGUUUAAUCUAUAUAAUCCUUACUUGAUUGGUGUAUAUUAUGCUCACUUAAAAUUGAAAAUCAUGAAUAUAGAUCAUAGGCUUUUCAUGCCGAGAAGGUAUUCUAUGAAAAGCUGGAAUGAACCAGUUUAAGUGCUUAUCAUGUUAGGCCAAUGGAAAUUGAUGCUUAAGAUGAUUUGUGGUUGCAUCGACUUGUGAUUAAUUAAUACAUAGUUGAAUAUGAUUAGCCAAUGAGAAUUGAUGUUAAUUACAUGAUUAGUAUAGAAAUUAAGAUCAUGAAAGUAGAUUAAUGUUUAGUGAUUGAUUGUGAUUGCGUUCAUGUAAUUACAUGAUUAGUAUAGAAAUUAAGACCCUAGACCUAAACCCUAAGCAUCUAAUCAAUUGCCACACCCCUAUUUUAAAACUUUGAUUAAAUCUUGCUUCUUUGUUUAGUGAUUGAUUGUGAUUGCGUUCAUUUUACUUUUUUACUGGACAUUUUAGCCGUUAAAUUUUAUUCAAAUUUUUAUUCGAUUCGAUUCGAAAAAUCUGGAUAUCUGUAAUUAUUUGAAGCAAACUAAAUACUAAAAAUCCAUAUCCGUUAAAAAGAUGAAAAUCACAAAUACAAAAAAAAUUAGAGACGUAUAUCCAAUCCGCUCCGACAUUUAUACAAUAAAUGUAUAUCUAUGAUUAAAUAUAGAGUUUUAAAUGCAUAAUAUUAUAUAAUUAUUAUCUAACAUAUAAUUUAUUAAAUUUUAUUUUAAAAGUUACUUAUAAAAAUAUUAAAUUAAACAAAAAAAGAAUAUAAAAUAUUUAUACAAAACUACAAUUUUUCUAAGAACAUUUGUUUUAUAAGAACAUUAUUAAUUUAAAAAAAUUAUAAAACAUAUGGUUUCAUUAAUAUUUUACUUUAUAUUUUUAUUAUGUUAAAAUAUAUUUCUAAAAAAUAAAUCGGUAUUAUUUUUUUCUAAAUUUACUUGUAUUGAACAAAGUGGAUGAAGUAGAAGUAAAUAUCUGUGAAUAUUUGCAAAUAUCAAAAAAAAAAUAUGGAUAUCCGGUAUUCCGGUUUUCCGGAUAUCUGUAUUUUUACGAAGCAAUUUGUUUGAAGUCUUAGAUAGAGAGUGAAUUAUAAUUUAUUUGAAGGUUAUAGGGUGCAAUUUCCCUUUAAAUAAUCAACACAUACUUUCAUCUUUAAAAUAAACAAUGCACAUUUUCUCACCCUACCAAGGAAUGGAAUAAAAAAAGAGACCUAUAUAUAUCACAAUAUCUAACGUAGAAGUACAAGAAAAGAAAACAUUUGCUAAAAUACAUUAAAAAAAACAUUUGCUAUACUACAUAAAAAUAUGGGGAAAUUCCCAGGUUUGAUGAUCAUCCUAGCUUCUUCUCUUCUCUUUUUCCUUCAAACCCUCGAAGUUGUUAAUGGCGCCAAGUGUUACGGAAGCUUAGCCAGCAACAGCAGCUACACUCAGAAUCGCCGCAAUCUCUUCUCUACUCUUGCUAAUAAAGUCCUCACUAACGGCGGAGUCUACAACGCUUCACUCAGCCAAUAUCCCAACAAAGUUUAUGCUCUUGGCCUCUGCGCAAGAGGCUUCAAGCCAAAAGCUUGCCUCAGUUGUCUCGAAAGAUUGACUUUGGAAACACAAAAGGAUUGUCCAAACAUCAUGGAUUCGUUCGUUUGGGGCAGUGACGAUGAAGACCGUGUUUCUUGUCUUGUACGUUCGUCAAACCACUCUUUUGGGAACCUCGAGCUUAGUCCUCCUGUUACAGGGAUAAGUCCAGAUCAAAUCGAACCAUCUAUAAACAUGACCCUUUUCAUGCAACAGUGGGAGUACACGGUUAAUAACACCCUCGUGGCUACCACAAAAGCUAAUACUUCCUCUGUACAUAAGUACUACAGUGCCGUAAAAGCCGAGUUCACAGCGUUUCCGAAUGUUUACAUGCUGACGCAAUGCACGCCAGACAUAACUUCCCAAGAUUGCAAGCAAUGUUUGGAAGCUUGUCUUAAAUACUUUAGAGAACAGUUUCGGGGCAGAACAGGGGGCAUGGUUAGUCUUCCGAGCUGUUUCUUCAGGUGGGAUCUAUUUUCUUUCCAUGGUGUUUUUGAUAAUGUUACGAGAUUUUCUGCACUUCCUAGACCUCAGCUUCAGGAAAAGGGGAGCUCUAUACCAAAUAAGAAAGGAAGAAGCAUGCACUGGGGAAUUAUCACGAUAAUUGUGGUUUUUACUUUCUUUAAUCUUGUGGUAUUUAUUGGUUUCUACAAAGUAAAGUCUUGGACGAGAAAAUUAAACAACGGAACAAAUGUUGGUUGUGCAGAAUACUCUGAUUCAGAUGGUCAACUUAUGUUACGGUUCAAUCUUGAUAUGAUCUUAGUGGCGCUUGAUGACUUUUCGCCUGAAAAUAAGCUUGGGCAAGGUGGAUUUGGAACUGUCUAUAAGGGGACACUACUUAACGGGAAAGAGAUAGCGGUGAAGAGAUUAGCCAGAGGUUCAGAAGGAGGUAUAGAGUUUAGAAAUGAGGUUUUACUCUUGACAAGACUCCAGCAUAAGAAUCUGGUUAAGCUGCUUGGUUUCUGUAAUGAAGGAGAUGAAGAGAUUCUUGUCUACGAGUUUGUCUCCCACUCAAGUCUUGACCGCUUUAUCUUUGAUGAGGAAAAGCGUUCACUUCUUACGUGGGAAGUGAGGUUUAAAAUUAUAGAAGGCAUUGCUCGAGGUCUUGUUUAUCUCCAUGAAGAUUCUCAGCUGAAGAUUAUUCACCGAGACUUGAAGACAAGCAACAUCCUUUUAGAUGCAGAGAUGAAUCCAAAAGUUGCAGAUUUUGGGACAGCGAGGCUGUUUGAAACCGAUGAAACUCAAGCUGAAACAAAACGAAUAGCUGGAACUCGUGGAUAUAUGGCUCCUGAAUACCUGAAUCAUGGGCAAAUAUCAGCUAAAUCUGAUGUAUUUAGCUUCGGUGUUGUGCUUCUAGAGAUGAUAAGUGGUCAAAGAAAUAAUAGCUUUGAAGGAGAAGGAAUUGCACUUUUUGUAAGUUUUUUUCACAUAACAAUCUUCGUGUAUCUUCAAACCUAUGUAGAAAGUAAGCAUAUAACUUUUCUUUUGGUUCAGGCAUGGAAGAGAUGGGCUGAAGGAAGGCCUGAGGUUAUAAUUGAUCCUUUAUUGGUAGAAAAUUCUAGUGUCGAGAUCAUUAAGCUGAUCCAGACUGGUUUGUUGUGUGUUCAAGAGAACGCAACAAAUAGACCAACAAUGAGCUCUGUAAUGGUUUGGCUUGGCAGUGAGACCAUCACCAUUCCCUUGCCUAAGGCUCCUGCUUUCACAGAGAGUCAUUCUCAAUCUGAAGAUGGUGCAAUGUCCAUGAGCAAUGUCUUCACAGAAUUGAGUUCUCGUUGAGUUAUCAAUUGUUAAAUUAUAUGUUGUUUGAAGGUGUGACAAAUAUUCUAAUUGAAUUUAAUUGAGAAAAGUAGUAGUAAAAAGUAUGAAUAAAUACAAUUUUAAGUUCUAGAACCCUCAACAAAAACGUUUUGGAACCGGUGGUGGUAGUCCAGUGGCGCUUGAGGGAUUAAACCCAAUACGGCGAACCCUGGUUCGAACCUCGCUGACCACACGGAUAUGAGCUACUGCUUUCGACUCAUUUGAAUGCUCAUGAGAGGGUCUAUCCGUGGGUUGUACCUCCACCCGGAGGUUAGGUCUGUGUCUUUAAUAGACCCGGGUUUAACCCUUUUCAGUUCAAAAAAAAAACAAAAACGUUUUGGUUUCACACAGAGUAGCAUUUUGACUUUUGUACAUAAAUUAAAAAAUGAUUACUAUUAAUUUAUAUAUUUAAUAAUUAUAUUUAUUUUACCAAUAAUAUUUUAGAUAAAUAAAAUUAUUUAUAAAUUUAAAACAUUUUCUAGUUUUUAUUAAUACUAAAAAGAUAUAAAUUGCAUUAGAAUUAAUAAGUGUUACUUUACGUAAUAAGAAAAUGUGUCAAAAUGACUUUUUGGAUUGUCAAUCGAAAGGAAGUAUUUUGAUUGACAAUUUCUUAUUAUAAUUUCAAUGAAUCAUAAUAUGCCCCUCCAAAGAUCGGUAACUGAAGUUUUCAACGCCGAAAGAAGAAGUUGGUAUCUAUGAAGCCAUUACUUAAAAGGAAAAGAAAAGUAAAAGACAUAUAAGGUAAAUAAGAGAACAUAUUUUUCCAUCUAUAUAAAUAAUUAACGUCUGAUCUUAAUUUGUAUGAGUCCUUUGACGGUAAAACAAAAAUAGAGAAAGGAACGAGACAGAUUUUUUUCUUAACACCGGCAUUACAUCAUCGUAUAAUGUCUAACUAUAUUACAUAUAAUGAUCAAUUAUAACAUGCAAGAAAUUGUAUAGUCUAGAAUUUAAAUUUUAGAUUUAGAUGUAAAAUCUUUUAAACUUUAACCUUUAAGGCUAUACAAAGAAAGACUUUUCUUCCCUUAGUUUUCGCUCACACGUAAACUAUGUGGCGAAAGAUUUUGUUGUCCGUAUUACUCAAAGUCAAGUGGCAUGCAGUGUCAUGCAAAGUUCAAGACUUGUAAAACAACGUCGUUUCCAUUUCCAAACAAUAUUAUUACUUUUUGGCCGAAGACUUAAAAUUCCAAACAAUUUUUUUUUUUGAACUGAUUCUUAUUUCCAAAAAAUAUUAAGAAGUAGAUUUGAGUGGAGUCAACCAGACAAGCAGCCAACUUGAAAAUUUCUAAAAGAGUUUGUAUAGACAAGUAGAUCUGAAUCGAGUCAAGUCGUCAAGCAGCCAACUUGGGAAUUUCUAAUGGAGUUGGUAAACAAGUAGAUCUGAAUGGAGCCAAUUCGUCAAGCAGCCAAUUUAGAAAUUUCCAAUGGAGUUAGAGUGUCAUAAUUUUUUUGUUAGAAACAGAGCUGUCAAAUGUUUCUUGUUAGACUUGUUAAGAUGGACUACAUCUUACACCAAAAAAAAAAAGAUAGACUACUUCAUAUUAAAUGUCAUAGUAAAGUAAAAUUUUCCACUAUUGUUAUUUUAAAAUGUCAAUUAUUUUUUCAUUUAUUUAUCUUUUUAUCCUUAAUUAAGUAAAGUAAAACAAAAAGUAAUAUAAUUAUAAUAGGUAAAUAUGGAGAAAAAUUGAAUAAUCAACUAUUUUCUUAAUUAUGUGAAAAAUUUAAUGUAAAACGGAUGAAGUAUUAUGUUGAACAAUAAUUAAUUGGUCCAUAAUGAACAAUGACUUAAGAAAACGUAUGUCUAAAUAUUGUGUUCAAAUAGACAUGUUCAUAAACAACCCAUUUAAAUGUAAUUUAAAAUUUAAUCUAAUUAUUUCAUAAAUUUUAGUUUCAUAUAUAUUUUUUUUGUUUUUUGAAUAAUCUAUACUAUUAAAGCAGAAUCCCUAAUAGGAUUCUGCCUUUGAUUUUGAGAGUUAUUUACAAGGGACUGCCAUUUCCUAUUUUUGCUUUUUGUUUUAAAAAAACGUCAACAUUAAUUACCACCAAUCAAAUCUACAAAACAAUUACAUAAAAUCAUUAACUGUUAUACUUCUAUUUUUGGCCUGAUUUUUUUUCAAACCAAUUACAAUAAAUAUUACGUUGUGAUUCUCCUAAAAUCUAGGAACCAAAUUUCGACAUUAUCACUAAAUGCAGCCAUAAUAUUAGGCAUGUGCCAUAUUCACCAAGCAAAAUCAGUGCAUAAUAAAAACUUAAAACAAUCAAUACUAUUAAAACUGAAAGGUCUUUUUUAAGGUCCCCUUGAAGUUUUGAAAUAUUUACAGAUCUCUGCCACUGAUAUCUUCUUAGUCUAUGCUUUUAAUUAAAUGUUUUUUUUUUUUUUUGUAAAUCACAGUUAUUAUCCUCUAUUUAAAAGAUUUAUGGUUUAUUUAAACCAUGAUUAUUCAACCAUAUAAUACAAACAGAAUUUGAUAUUGCAAGAACCGACAGGAAAAUAACAAUUACGAAGCAAAUAUAGAAAUAAAACCUAGAAAGAGAUCGUAGCAUCCUCUUCGCCACCAUACUGUUCUUCACCACUUCAUCAUCUUGACAUCUUCCUUCUUCACCAGUUCAUCAUCAAAGUUUAUACCUGUAAUAUUUGAAAUUUAGUACUCAUGUAAAGCACAAUAGUCUACAACUAAUUCACGUAGCAAAAUGUACACCAAAAACAAAAACAAUAGAAAAAUGCAAUAAUUAUUCAUUUCAAGUUACAGAGUAUUAAUUUGCUAUGAUUUUAUCAGAUUUGUUUAUUUUAUAAAAUUCACAUAAUAUAAAUUCUGAGAUUAACAACUAUGAAACAAACUCGCUAAAGCUUAUUUGCAAAUCUUUUUCAAAUGCAAUUAUUUUGCAAAAUUUUUAAUAUAUAAUUAAGCAUAAACUACCCUGUAUAAUCGCAACACAUUGUGAUAUUCUAUCUAAUAAACUGGUAUAAAAUCGCAACUAUAUUGUUAUAUCUUAUCUAAAUUGAACAACUUUAAUCAUCCAAAAACAUAAAGAAUAGAUUGUUGUAACUUAUAAGAUAUCGAAUAAUAUAUAUACCUAGAAUAUUCCUAAAUUAAAACGAUUUAGUUGGUUUGCUAUCCUAAUAAUUUACAUGCGAUAAGAAGUAUAUAAUUAUCCUUUCAAACCCAGCAAAAAUAACCAUUUUAAACCUCCAAAACCGUGAUAUACACUUAUGGGUUCCACAAUCAGAAUCAGCAAUCUAACUGUUCUUAAGCCUUUCAAAUCUGCAUGGAGCGUUCAUGUGAAAGUACCACCUGGAAACAUCCGAAUGCAGAUAAAAAGGUAAAUAUAUAUCAACUUGAACGAUUACUUUUUUUUUGUUUGUUAUUGUAGCGAAAUCAGGUUCAUCAAAAAGCGUCUAUGUUUUCGUUAAUUAAUGGAAGAAAAACUUAAAUAGUUCAAUACGUUUUGCUGUUUUGCGUAUGUUUUCUUUUCAUGUGAUCAUUGUUAUAAUUUUUGCAGGGCUUCAAAAUUCAAACUACAUUAAAAAAAAAAAUUGAUCGGACAAACGAUCGUGUUUGCAGACAACAAAGUUUAAGAUAAUUCAAAAACAAAAAUAUUUAACAUUUUACAGUUUUAGAAAUAGCAUAUUGAUCAAAUAAUUUAUAUGUUUUCAAUCUUUGUAGAUCCUAUAAAGUUCAAUGGUCCCGAGGGAAAACUUCAUAUCAUAGAUUUCUAGAUUCAACUACAUGAGGUAAAGGAAAUAAUCUGAUUAUUUUAUAGAAACACAACAAACGAUUAUUUUAGAUAUACAUUUAUGAUUAUAAAUAGCCACCAGUCCUUCGUUUUUGAGCAUCAUUGCAUAUUACUUAUUUCUUGCAGUCCUUUUCAUUUGAGUAGUACAACGGCACAACAUGUUAACUCCUGUGAAUGCUGCAAUAAAGAAAACAUAACUAAUAUAGCUGAAUCACAAAUCAUUUUUAUAUAAAAUUUAAUAGUUCUGUUCGAUUACAGACUAAUCUAUAUUUUACAAUGAAUGUUACGAAUAUCAAAUCUUAGAGCAGGAAAUAGAGUAUUUUUUUUUGAAGAAAGAAAUCAUUUCGAUUACAAACCUUUAAUGGUUUUGACAAAGUUUGAACAAUAUCAAACUUUAUUGCUUAUUUUUGUCAAUUAUAUCUGAAACCAUCAGAAGUCACUCCUAUAAUCCGCACAACCCAUCGUUCGACAUGCAACAUUUCGAAAAAGAAAAACAAAGUUAGAUUUCGAUUUUAAACUUUUUUGUAAAUCGGUCAGAUUAACCUACUAUCUUUAGAAUUUCAAAAUGAAUUUAGAUUAUAUUUACGUGACCAUUUUGGAGUAGUUGGAUCCUUGAACUCUCGAUCUUCGUGUGAUUUUUUGAUGGAGAAAUGUCUUUUCUUACAGAUCUUUUUUGGAUAUACAAAACAAUAUGAAGCUCAUCCGAUUAAAAAGUUAUGAUAUCAGAUUCGACAUGCAACCCUUUUCUGGAAAGACAAAAAAAAAUUAUAUAUAUAAUAUAUAUAUAUAUAUGUGUGUGUGUGUGUGUAAGUGCGUUUCUAUUUAUCAAAAAUGAUUCAGAUGAACGUAUGAUCUAUUGAUCAAAAAAAAAAUAAGUGAGAAGUGAAAUGCCUGUAAAGAUUGGUGUCGAUGGAGGAUGUAUCUCCCAAUUUUCGUUUUCUAUUUCAAGAAAGUAAUCUUUAUUUCAGAGCAAGACUUUUCUUGAAGAAGGCAAAAAGACAGAUGAAUUUUUGUGUGUUUGCCAAAAAAGGUUUUGUGGGCAUGGAUCAUAUUAAACAAAUAAUCAAUCAAUACUAUUAAAACUGAAGGCCUUUUUUGAGGUCACCUUAGAGUUUUAAAGUAUUUACAAUACACUGCCACUAACUUUAUUUAAACAUAUGCUUUUAAUUAAAAUCAAUAUUUUCGAAAUUCUUUUUAUUUAAACAGAAACACCUACAUUACAGCUACGUAAUUCUUUUAUUUUAAAAGUAACAUAGUGUCUUCCUAAUGAAACAUAACGUAUCAUUAAAUAAUAAAGUAACAUCUACAUUUUAAACAAACUUCAAUUGCAUCAACACUAAUUUUCAUUUUUUAUAGAUUAGAUAUACCAUCUCUUUGUAUAUUGAGAAUGAUGUUCCAGCAAUACCAAGCUUGAACGUUUAUUGGAUUCUGCAAACUUCAAAAUAAAAACAAUACAUAUCUGUUAAUAUCAUUGUUUUUACCAGUCGUCACUUCCAAACAGAAGUUUUGCUUACAAAUGAUUGCACCAUAAAUCCUAUAUGUUGCAUUAUUCAAAUAUAGUUGACCAAAUUAUUUAAAUCCUAAACUUUCCCACUUCAAAUACCAAAAAUAUAAUCCACUAAAUCAAAACCUCAAAACUUGGCAAAUAAACUUGAUUGCCGGAAGUAUUCGGUUAGUAUUUGACAUAAAAUUGAAAACUUUUGUAUUAACGAUGGACUUUUCUUUUUGAAACAUUUUUUUAAAAGUCUUUAAUACCUUGGCCAAUGUAUGCAGAAUGUUUUUGAAAUAAAUAUGAUCAGCGUUUUUCAGAAUUAAAUGUAAUAAAGUAGAAGACUUUGCAUUUAGUUUAUUAUUCCAAAUUAAACAUUCAUGUAGCAAAAUUUUUACUUAUAUUUAAACUUUAAGCAUUAAAUUUAUAAUUUGUUAUAAAAUUUAUCAUUAAAAAUAUUUUAAAAUCAGUUAUGAGCAAUGUUUUAAAACCCAACCCGGACACUGAACCGGAUGACUUACCGGAUUGCUGGGUCACUGGGUCGACCGCGGGUGAACCGUGAGUUAAUAAAUAAAUUAAUUUUAUUAUAUAAUAAUAUAUCAACUAUGUAAAACAAAAUAUAGAAACUAAAGUUUAAUAUUUUCUAAAUAUUUUUGAAAACUUAAAAUAAUAGUUUGGAUAUGUAUAUAUUUUAUGUUUAAAAACAUUUAGAAAAUACUUAACUUUAGUUUUUAUAUUUUUUUAUUUUCAAUUGACAUACAAAAUAUCAAAAAAAUAGUUUAGACUAUUUAAAAUUUUCUCUAACAAGGUAAGAGUUAUGAUAUCUUUAAAAUAUCAAGACAUAAAAUUUAUAAAUAUUUAAAUGUCUAAUGUAAAUAAUAAAUUAAACUUCAAAUACAAAAUAAACCAAAAGUAAAAAAUCAUUGUAAUAAUUGUCAAUAACGGAAAUAAACUAACACCAAAUCACAUCAACUAAUUUUGGUUCUCUCUACCAUCUUUCAUUUCAUUUUCUACAGGUGCUAUAGUGAAAUCUUCAUCAAAAUCUAAAAAUCACAAAUAUAAAACUGAAAAGGGAAAACCUAACUUCUUUUUUUUUGUCAGCACCUAACUUCUUAAUUGGAAACUGAAAAUAUAAAACAUAAUCUAAAAACAUAAUUUAAAACUAAAAAAAAAAAGUUAUUUAUUGGUUCACCUGGUGGUUCAACCGGUAUCGAGUUCUAGGUUUUACUGGAUUUUUGCGGGUUUCUAAAUAUUAAUUUUUCACAAAACCCAAACCAGAUUUUUUUUGGGUCAUCGGGUUUACCGGUUCAAUCGCGGCAGAUCCGGGUCGGGUUUCAAAAACACUGGUUAUGAGUCAAAUGCAAGACAAGUUUUUUUAAAUAAAUUUAAACCUCCACAUAUAAAUCGAAUCAAACUAAAACAUACCAAACUCAAAAUACAAAAGUAAAGAAGAAAAAAUAUUCAUAUAAAUCAGAAUGAAUUAUAUAUUUAUAGAACAUGAAAAAUUGAACUAAAUUAUAACUAAACCAAAACCGAAUCAAUGUACCAAAUAUCAAAAACUAAUCACGUCAAAUAAUUUGAGCCAAAUCUAUACAUAAUCGAAUGGUUUUUAUAUCUUUUUAAUCUAAAAAAAAAUUAUGACAAAAAAAAUCCUGCGCUUUGAUUUAUAUAUUUGUAGAACAUGAAAAAUUAAACUAAAUUAGAACUAAACCAAGAACGGAAUCAAUGUACCAAAUAUCAAAAACUAAUCAGGUCAAAUAAUUUGAGCCAAAUCUAUACAUAAUCAAACAGUUUUAUCUCUUUAACCUAAAAACUUAAAACAACAAUCGAAGUAGAACCGAAAAGAAAAAUUCCGCGCUUUCAAAGCGCGGGUCAAAAUCUAGUCAAUACUAUUAAAACUGAAGGGCCUUUUUUGAAGUCACCUUGAAGUUUUGAAGUAUUUACCCUUCUCUGCCAUUGGAAUAUUUUGAGUGUAUGCUUUUAAUUAAAUUAUGUAUUUUUUGAAAUUCCUUUUAUUUAAACAACAUUUAAACAACACCUACGCUAAAUUAACUACCGAAUGUAUCAUCCAUUACAUAUCAAAGUAACAGCUACAUAUAAAAAAUUAAUUACAUAUCAAAAGAACAAUUACGUUUAAAAAAAAACUCCAAUUGCUAUGACACACUGAUUUACAUUUCUUAGACAGUACCUUUACCAAAUCUUUGAAUAUUGAUAAUUUGAUACUGAUGUUCAUAAUAAAAAACAGAAGCUUCAACAAUUGUUGGAUUCUGCAAGUAUUUCAUAAUAAAAAACAGAGCGUUUAUGUUCAUAUCAGUGUAUCCACCUUUCAUCACUUCCAAUCAAUGUUUUGGCUACACUCGACCAAAUUAUUGAAUGUACAAAACUUUUUCAAAUCAAUAACAAAAAAAAUAUGAACCACUAACGCAAAAACUAAAAAA